UCCGCCGCCGUCGUUGCAGAAUCGGGGCUCUAAACCACCAGCCAGACUGAGUACGAAGAGACUCUUAACCACCAUUCUUCCUCUCCACCGGCGAAGCAACCGAAGCAAGAACCAAUACUGGCCAUGGCGGAUCAGACGGAAUCUCGAGAAGGAAGCUCGUCAGGGGAACGUGCGUCACCACCAGAUCUGGAUUCUUUUUUCCCCUCGGUAAUUAGAUAUGGAUUCUUUCAAUCCUGGGUGGGCGGGUGUAACGAAUGCCUACAUCUCUCCUCUCCUUGCCCAGGGGCGCAUGCGCAUCUACCGGCGACAUUAGGCUGGCGCUCUCUCACUCGAGCUCUUUGUUGUCGACGGCGGCGGGUGGAGGAAGCGGCGAAGGGGAGAGAGGGAUCGUUGUGGAGAAGCUGGAUCCGGUCAUGGAUGAUGACUUUGUGGGUCGGAACCACCGUCGGGGUGGCAGGGGAGGAUCGACCGUUUACUCCACCUGGAGUCUGGAGCUUCGAUUUUGUUCUCGGCGGAGCACAUCGCAGCCUCCGGAUGAUGUAGCGGAGGGACUGGAGAUGGAGAACCAUGGUGAUUUUUUUGAAUUCGAGAAGAAUGAAGUGGAUUUAGACCGAAACAGAGAGGAGGAAGUGGAGCGGAUCCAUCUUUGGGGAUUUUAGGAUUUUAGGGUUUGAAUUUGGGGAUUUUGGGUUCAUAAGAGGAUUUUUUAUUUUAAUUGAAAUAUAAAAUUAAAAUAAUAUGUUUUAAUGACGUGGCAUGCCACAUCAGUGGUUUUUUGCUGAAUCACUAACGGAAUAGUGUUUGACCGUUAAUAUUAACGGUCAAAGAAAAUUUUAGGCCAAAUUUGUCAAAUAGUUUCAAAAGUAGGCCAUAAAUGUUUUAUUUGAAA